UAUCUUUGCAAUUCACGAUCAGUUUAAUCAUGUUGUCAUUUGCUGGUUUGAAGAAUUUCGUAAUUUCUCUUUUGAUAAUCAAAAUGUCAAUAAAUUUGGUAAACUGUGUUGGGAAUUGUACAAAAUCAGAUGGGAAAACAGGGUGCUGUAAUAAUUAUCAUAGAUCCAAUGGUAUAUGUGUUAAAUGCCCAAAAGGUACAUAUGGGGAAAACUGUUCGGAAAUAUGCCCAGUCAACUUAUAUGGAGAAUUGUGUUUAGAGAGAUGUGACUGCAAACCAAAUGAAGACUGCAAUAGAGUACACGGAUGCUUACCAAAUCGAGGAAUUUGCGGGCUUGAUAGGGAAAAGAAAUGUUGUCGAAAUUAUUAUAACCUUAAUGGUAGAUGUACAGCCUGUCCAUUAGGAACCUAUGGGAAUAACUGUGUUUUGGUAUGUCCUGAUGGUACUUACGGUUUGUUCUGCAGUGGAAAAUGUCAUUGUGCGACGUCAGACUGUGAUAAAGAUUCUGGAUGUCCAGAGAGAGAGUCAUACAUUGAAACCAUUGGACUGGUCUAUUGGAUAAUUCCUUUAAUAUUAGGAACUGUCAUCUUCAGCAUUGCAUGUCUUUACUGUCGAUUAAGAAAGAGAAAAAUAAAGAAGUCUGCUGCUGAAUGCAUUCCAAGAAAUCAGCUUGAAAUGCAGUGUACGGCUAACGAUGAAUUCUUACACAAUGAUAACAAUACAGUAAACGGCAACAAAAUGGUAGCAGCAUCGUUCGACACUUGUCGUAGAGAAAAACGUUUAUCUGAUGCAGAAGAUGGAGCAUAUAAUACAUUGGAUUUGCGUGUGUUUGAUUAUGAAGUACCAAUCAAACACGAAGCACGUAAAAAAUCGUAUUCAGAAACAUCUUCUUUGUAUAUCAAAUGCCCGAAUGGCAAGCGGUCACCAUCUUCUGAUGAUAAGAAUUGUGCAUUAGUUCCGUCCAUCCGAUUUACAAGAAACACAGAUGAAAGUAUGCAAAGAAAGAUUGAAAUGCAUCCAACAAUGCAACAAAUCGAUGUCAAAAACGAAUUAUGUGAGGAAAAUCUUGAGUGUUCAUCCAAAGCGUUUGAUAAUGUGUAUGAUAAAGCAACCUUUGAAGAUACGAAAAAAGAGCCUCCAAGGCAAAUAUUUCUUAAAGAACUAUCUUCUCAUCUUUUAAAUAAUGAUCAUAUGACAUAAUUCAAGUGAUAAGGGAAAGAUGUUUUGUACCAACAGUUUCUUUACAUCUAUUUCGUCCAAAGGCUAUACAAUCGCGACCUAAACUAUAAUUACUUAGUUUCAACUAUGGGUACUUCCUCUAUGUGUUUAACGUUUAGAAUGAAAGAACUCUUCUAAUCCUGGUGAGACGAUUUUUUUAGUCAGAUCACCCAGUUAAUCUGACUCAAUUACAAAAUCAUAGUAUUUACUUUUUACAUAAAACUUCUCUGAAAGUUUCGUAUUUUCAUUAUUAUUUUAUUGAUUACAAAAAAGAAAAUAAAUCUUGUAAUUGUGUAGUAUGGUUACAUUUCCUCUUACGUAUUUCUGGAGUCAUAAUAUUAUUUGUAUGCUCUAUAACUUCUUCUUAAAAUGAUACCAUUUUGCUAUCAAAAAUUUCAGGACAUUUAUGACGUCUUCUGUAAAAUGUUGUAAUAUCAGAAAUUAUAUCAUUUGAUUUUGAUAUUUUAACAACAAUAGAUUUAAAUGGUGUGGUUGAAUACUGAUUUAUACAUGUACGUAAAAAUUUGUCAUUAAGAUGAGACUAUUUAAAUAAAUUCAAGUUAGAUGUCCAAGUCAGACUCACUCAAUACAGAUACAUAGCAUUACUGGUUUCUUGAGUCCGAAUAUAGCAAUUAUA